AUUCUACCGCAUCAACAAACCCUAGCCCUUAUAAACCUAACCCUUUCUUCUCCAUCUUCACACUUCGUGCUCACAGUCUAUCUGCAGCAUCCUCUGUAUUUACUGAAACCCUAGCCGUAAACAGCAACAACCAUGGCAGAGAGAGGAGGGGAGAGAGGAGGCUUUGGCCGUGGCUUCGGAGGACGCGGUGGAAGAGGCGGAGAUCGCGGCGGACGCGGCCGUGGUGGCCGUCGUCCCCGCCGUGAGACAGAGGAGGAGAAAUGGGUUCCAGUCACAAAGCUCGGAAGGCUCGUGAAAGACAACAAAAUCCGUUCACUGGAGCAAAUCUACCUCCACUCACUCCCUAUUAAGGAGUUCCAAAUCAUCGAUACACUCAUCGGACCAUCUCUGAAGGACGAGGUGAUGAAAAUCAUGCCGGUUCAGAAACAGACCCGUGCCGGUCAGAGAACCCGGUUCAAGGCCUUCGUUGUCGUCGGUGAUGGGAACGGUCACGUCGGUUUGGGGGUGAAGUGCUCGAAGGAAGUGGCGACUGCCAUACGUGGCGCAAUUAUAUUGGCUAAGUUAUCAGUGAUUCCAGUGAGGAGAGGAUACUGGGGUAACAAGAUCGGAAAGCCACACACAGUGCCGUGUAAGGUAACUGGGAAAUGUGGGUCAGUUACAGUGAGGAUGGUGCCUGCUCCUCGUGGUGCUGGUAUUGUGGCUGCUCGUGUUCCUAAGAAGGUGCUUCAGUUUGCUGGUAUUGAGGAUGUCUUCACCUCUUCUCGUGGAUCCACCAAAACCCUUGGCAACUUCGUUAAGGCUACAUUUGAUUGUUUGAUGAAGACGUAUGGGUUCCUAACUCCAGACUUCUGGAAGGAGACUCGCUUCACCAAAUCUCCUUUCCAAGAGUAUGCUGAUAUCUUGUCUAAACCUGCCAAUAAGGUUAUUGUCUACCCCACUGAGGAGGCACCAGCUCCUGAGAGGGUUGAAGCUUGAUGAUGAUUGUUCAGACUUUAUGCUCCCUUGUUUUGGUGUUCUACUUGGUAGUUUUCUAUUAUGAAAUGUUAGUAUUCUAAAUUUUGUUUUCUGUUCUGAGGGAUGUUUUGCGGACUUGCAAAAGAUAAUGCUUCCUUUUUUCACAUCAAUAUAUAUGAAGUUACUGCCCGCUUGAUUGA